CGGAGGAGAGGCGUCGUGUUGAGGGCGCAGCAUCCAGAGAUACGAAGACCACAGCGACAAUGGCAGAUAUAUCUCUGUAUCUUACUAACGUUAAUGUGUCGAUAGGACAGAACAUGGAGGUGCAGCAGGUUCAGAGCCCUAACCGGGGUGGGGGCUUUGAGAGUGUGGAGCUGGGGGAGCUGGAGAGGAGAGAGGAGCAGCGGAGGGAGAAAGCACCCCGCAGAAUCAUCCACUUCUCCAGCGGGGAGACCAUGGAGGAGUAUAGCACUGACGAGGAGGAGGGGGAGGACAAAGAGCCAGAGCGGAAGGACCUGUUAUCCUCCUCCGUCGAUGCGGUGAGGUCAAAGUUGACCUGGGGUCCAUACGUGUGGUUUCACAUGUGGAGAGCUGCCACUUCAACCAUCUCAGCCUGUGACUACCUGGGGGAGAGGAUGGCUUCCCUCUUUGGGAUUACAUCGGCCAAAUAUCAGUACGCUAUUGAUGAGUACUACAGGAUGAAGAAAGAGAGGGAGGAAGAGAAAGAGGAAACCCGCCUGUCAGAGGAGGCAGAACGAUCCUUCGAACAGGAGCACUCUCAAGAAGAAGAAGAAGACGAGCCAAUCACCAUGAGCAAUCAGCUGGAGGAAGCCCCGCCUGCUCCUGGUGUGACCUAUCAGAUUGAGAAUGAGAAUCGGGCACAUUCCAGCACCAUCACAGUCCCCGUUUUGGUAACGGCAACUUAACUGACCCUAGCGAUGGACAUUUGCGCUGUAAUUUCUGUGUGUUUGUUAAAGGAGGAACACCGUCUUGUUUCACAGAGCACCGUUUGGUUUGUGUACGUCGACUCGGCUCAUGAUGGGCGGUGCUGCUGUAUUGUGGGUGUUUGGCCAGGACAGCAGUGCUCCCUUUGCAACAGUGUAGCAAUUGUUAAAGUAACUGCUGGAUAAUGGAGCAGCACAUUUAGACCUAUGUUAUGAGAAAAAUCCAAUAUGAAUCAGAAAACUUUAUAUUAUGUGCCAAUUUAUCUGCCAACACAUGGUUUUGUUUACAUCGUUAGCUCGUUUAGUACGCCAGUUUCCGCUACGGUAGCACUUUCUAUAUCGCCCAUGUCUAAAAUGCAUUUUAAACAUACUCAAUAUGUGUUAUAAUGGGAUUAAAGCUCUGUAUCAUUAUAUUUAAAAGGACUCAAUAUAAACUGAUAACCUUUUAACAAAAACCAUAACCUAUAGUGAACAGGGUUCCCAUGAAAAAAGGCGUUAAUUGGUGUUAAACUAUCUGGAAAAUAUAUUUUAAAAUUGGUAAUAACGCUAAAAACCAGGAAGUACAAAUGUAUCAAUUUUGUCGCGUUUUAAAAUGUCGAAAUAAUUGGUAACUUUAUGGUAAUUCACAAAAUGUACUUAUGCUUUAGGAACUCUGUAUGACUUUAAGAUGAGAAUUACUUUAUUAAUCCCAGGCUGGGACAUUUUUGAGAUGAAGAAGUCCUUUAGAUGGACUUCUUCAUCUUGAUCAUUUUCACUGAUAUUUCUGUUUGUAAUACAGUUAAAUCUUUAAAUAAUGCAUUAUAUUUACUGCUAUAAGGCAUUAUAUAGCUAUUUUAAGUGCUCAGUGUUUGCUUUUACUAGAGCAAAAAAAAUCAUAAAAUCUAUGCAUGAAUCCAAAACAUUAUGAUUUGUUUUGAACUUUACUUAAAGCAAAUAUUAGCACUUGAGUCACUUUUAAUAACACUAACAGCAAGUUCAAUACAAUACAGAAAAAUAGUGUUGCAUUUACAUUAUGGGAAUCAUAUUGCACUGUGUUCCAUGCAAAAAGUUAGAUUAGAAAAAUGGGUUCAAGUGCUGAAAACUAUUAUUAUGCUGUUGUAGAAUCAAACAAUAAUACAUUCUUAGUAUUUGAUGACGCCCAGCAGCGGUUGCAUUAUCAGUUGCUACAGCGGCCUCCUGUAGUUGAACGUCUGCUGUGCAGUGAAGGUUAGAUGUUGCUCCCUGUGCCUCUGAUCGACCGGACACUGUGCCUAAAUCACCAACACAGCCAAGUCAGUGACGGAUCUGGACAAAGCAUAUAUUUGACAAUGAUUUUUAAGUGUUUGAAGAUAUAAAAUACCCCUAGGUUGAAGUUUUUCUAAUAUUUGAUGCAUGCACAACAGCUGUUUUGUCCAGAUCGAGUCAAAUUGGUGCAUUGUUGCUACACCUGGCUGCACCAAGAGCUGGCCACCUCCCUCACAUGUUCAUUUGCUCUCUGUGUUUUUGUAUUAAUGCUUAUUAAGCGUGUAUUGCACUCGAUGUCUGUGUGGAAGCACUGACCGAAUGUAGCCUUGGUUUUCAAAUCAUCUGUGGACUACAAGAAUGACAUUUAGUUUUUGAAAAAAACAUGAAAACGGGUUUUAUUUGUUCUGUGUUGCUCUUAUUAUCCGCCUUAUCUACUAAGGACAUAGUGGAUGUGGUGUGAGAAGCCUUUGACAAUGGCAGGGAGCAUUGUUACACUAAGUCUGUAUAAAGACUAUAAAAACAGUUUUUAGUAUGACUUUUGAUAUGUAAGUAUUUAUUUCACUGAACUGACGGAGCACUUAAUUUAAGCAUAUUUUAUAUUAAUUUAUUUAUUAACACUGUA